UUGUAGAUUAAAUCCAGACGCACGCGUAUUAUUGUUGCGUCGUUAUCGCGCGCGUUUAGCAAAUCGACGCGCCGUGUCGCGUUUCGCGCGACGAUGCGACGAAAUUUGAAAAAGAUAAACUCUGUAAGCUUACUUCCUAAUAUCGCGCUACGUUUCAUUGCAGACUUGCCAUCGAUAUCGUGGGAAAAUCCUAAGACGCGUCAAACGAAAAUCAACCUGCGAUCUCUACGUUUGACGCAUCAUGACUCGAGUUUUCGCGGAGAAGAUCGUUUGUGGCGCCUGGUUGUGGUGCAAGGUCGAAGAAACUGGUACGCCGGCCGCUGCGAGGCACUCCGCUCGAUGUAGGUCGUCGUCUAACUGUUCUACGUACCGUUUCUCCGCCCCUGGAGACUCUGUAUCCUUCGACAGCAGCAACAGCAACAGCGUGAGCGGAUGUAGCAACACCUACACGAUGAUGUCCGUAUACCUCACGCUGGUUACCAGUCAGGGGUUUCCUGCCAGUUUCCCGCGGCUCUGAUUUUUUUGUCCUCGACGCGCACCGAUUGCGUUCGCAGAAGGAACGUUUUUCCGUCGUCGGGGACUAGCACGAAACUGUUAUACGCGAUUACUGACAUUCGGAUCAAAUGUGUUACAUGGAAAAUCGUGUGUGGAUGGAUCAGUAAAUAAUCGCAAGAGCACCAGGAAUCGCGUGGAGCCGAAGGGAGGCCUCGAUCUGUCGGCGCGUCACUGUUUCUUCACAUAAUCGAGGCAUCAUAUGUGAAAGAUGCGGAGACGCCUAUGGACAUUCCUCGCCCUUCUGGCAUGCGUGUCGGGCGAGUAUCUAAUGGGCGGUCAUCUGGAUAACAAUGCCGGAUCAAAGAGCCGAUCCGGCAAGCUCGAGAGCUCCUCCACGUCGAGACGGAAGAUACGUCUGGACGACCUUGACCUGGAUCUCGUCGCGGCGGAGAGCACCGUUGCCGCUGCCGCUGGCGAUCCCGCUGAGGCCUCAACCGGCGACGACGGGGACGCUCCACGUUACCAUAUCCCGUAUCCUUUCGCCUUCAACGGCGGCAAGCCGUUCUCCCUGGAGAAGGACCCGAUAACCGGUAAGAUCGACUUUGCGAAAGCACCGCCUGUCAAAGCUCUCAACUAUACCGGUCGUUAUCGCGAGCGAGGGGAUAAAGAGAGUGAAGACGGCGAUGACUACGGAGACGAGAAUGAGAACGGCGAGGAGAACGCGGGACAGGAAAGAAUAAGGAGCAAGGACGGCCACGACGUCAGGCCGAACGAGAUCAACACGCAUACGCCUAACUUUCACGACUUCCUGAACCUGCCCGUCCAUUAUUCCUCGGACAAAUACGGGAACGAUAAGUACCCGUUGAUCUCGAGCUCGUACGCGAAUACGAAGGUGCAGAGCGGCGCCAACAGCUACAGCACGUACAAUCACAGGCUUCAUCAUCCGGAGAGCGAUAUGUACGUGCUUCCCGUCAAGAGCCCGUACCCGCCGGUAACGAAAACGAGCACGUACAGAACGACGAUUGUCGACGAUCUUAAAGCGAAGUGGACGAGCACCACGAGCCGUCCGUUAACGACUACGACUUCCGCGCCGCCGAUCACGACGAAUUCAUCGCGCAUCGUGCUUUCUACCUCAACCAAGGCACCCGCUGUAACCACGUGGAAGCCGUCCAGUACCUCGGUCACGUUUCACCCGAUCGACCGUACGGAGACGGAAAACGAGAAGAAUCUUCUGCCGAUAGAGAAGCUGCACGCGGGAUCUCAUCGAAAUCGAAGCGACGUUCCGGCGCGGCCUGCGAGCGACGAGGCGACGGAGAAGACGCCGGUCGCCACUCGUUACAAGGACCAACCGAAUCUCAACAAUCUCGUGCUGUCCCACGCGAGACCCGAGACGAGACCGUCGCCGCAAAACGAAGAAUAUAAAGAUUCUUAUGACGCUUACGAGUCGGACGGUGAGGGCGACGGUGACGGCGAGGAGAACGAUUACUUUUUAUUCGGCGAUUUCUUAAAGGAGGAUGUUACGUCGGCACCGUCUACGACCACUUCCAGGACAACGACGGCUGCGAGCACCACCACGACGGUUACGGCGUCGUCAGCGGAAACCACGACGUCGACAGUCGCGCCUUCACGACCCGUAUCUUCGACGCUGCCCACGUCGUCUCAAGAAGACGUGUCCGCGAACAAACCGUUGCAAUUCCCAACAAUGUCGCAACACCCUUUGUCUUUGAACAACGACAGAAGACAGGGCGUUACGGAGCGUUACGACAGUCACGGAUAUAGACCGAACCCGGUAAUCAAGGAACCAGACUGGAUAGGACCCGGAGUUGCGGUGGAGAGCACGAGUAACAUCGUGAUACCGCCGGAUCAUGAUACCGUGUCCUUCGUCCUAGGAAAUCGCCAGAACGUCGACGGCGGUUAUUAUUCGGUCGGGACAGCCGUUGGGGAGAAUCCUUACGGCUCGUCCGAGACCGACGCUCUGUUCUGGCCGCUUCGCAACGAUCCACACGAGCCCACGAAGGAAGUGAAACACGAGCAUUUGCCGGUUUCCGUUACCGAAUCGAAUCUCGAUCGCGUUACGCAGAAGUGGCCGCCCAAUUCCAGCCCUCUGAAGAGCAGCAACGAGCAGCUCGACCUGACGAGACCUCAGAGUCCCCUUGUCGCUGCCACAAGCACGGUAGUUCACGAUACGAAGAAUCUAAACAAGGAAAAGGAUGCCGGCUAUAUCAUUUUUCCAGAUGACGAAACGAAGAAGAACGUAUUGACGGAAGAGCACGUCGUGAUCAUAAACGAGGCUGAUGGCAGCAUUCACGAAUUGCCACCCAAGACGACGUUGACGGCGACGAAUAGAACGAGGCUCAACGCCACCCAAGACGACGUCGUCGGAGAUCUGCCGCAACUCGCCGAGGACCUGGUGCCGCCCGCGGAAAGUCCUAGACCGCCGUCCUAUUACUAUCAUCAUCAGCACGAUACGUCGAGGCCGAAUCACUCGAGGCCGCCCGUAUCGAGAUUACCCUUGCCGCCGCGUAUCAAGCCACCCUCGGGGUUGCCGGUGUCCCCGUUAGACGCGGGAAUAAGGAAACGUCCGUACUCGCCGGACACGAAGCUGCCCAACAUCCUGCCGCAGUUCCGUCCUAAUGCGAAAGCGUCGCACGGUCAUCGCGGGCCGGAUAUAAUAGGGACGAUGCCAGCCGGGCAAGGCAUGUCCACGAGAAUCAGACAGCCGUUGCCGGCUCAUCCGUCGCGGAGGCCUCUGCCGCCGCCGCCACCCUCGUACCUUCAGCGCCUGAAUCCACCGCCGCCGCCGAUCCACGCGGUCAGACUGGCCUUCACGCCGACCUCAAAAGUGGACAGCGUAGUCCUACCUCACGAGACGGAACCGACGAUACGAAGGCUCCGUCCCCCGUCCGGGGUACCGUUCGUAUCGCGGGGCGGCCUGGAGGAGAACGCGCCAUCGAACAGAUUGCUCACUCCCGGCAACGGUGACGGCGAGGGCGGCGAAAACAGGAAGGAGGAUCGCGGCAAAAGUGAAGUCGUGGACGAACGCGAGGUCGAAGGCGGGGAAAGAUAUCCAGAAGAACCGCCGAUGACCCCGCCGAGACCGCCGCUGUUCCCGAAGCGCAGAACGGCGGAUCCGCCGCGCGUCGCGACCUUGCAGAUGAUACAGCAUCACGGCGAAUUCAGCGAUGAGGGUGACGAGGGUGACGAGGCGCAACCCGUGCUGACGCACGAAGCGGAGCGCAGAAAAUCGGAUAAUCAUGAUCCAUCGGAAAUACCGGAGCAACCUGUGUACGUCGUGUAUCCGGUCAACACCGCGGUCAACAUACAUCCGGACGAUUCUAACGAGAAGGACGGCAGCGUCGUCGUGGGUACGCGGGGCCCUCAGCGACCGCUACCACCCGACACGCUGCUUCAGAACGAACCGGACGACACGCACAGCGUCUACAACGGCAGACCGAUCGCCCUGGACUUUCCGUAUCCGCUAGAACGACCCGAUCUGUCGUCCGUCUUUCCCGUCGGCGUGAAGGAGACGCCCGUACUGAUACCCAACGAGCAGCGGCAGCAACAGCAGCAGCAGCAAGCUUCCGCUGCCAUCGCGAACGAGCGGGAGAACGAGAAGAACGACGCGGUGAACGUAAUCCCGUACUUGCAGGACUUCCUGCCGUAUCGAAAGAAGAACGAGGCAGCGAUCUCCGUGACGUUGCAUCGCACGGCGUCGAUCGCGACGUCGUCGUCGUCGAGCUCGACGUCAGCCGCGUCGACGUCGACCUCGACGCCGAUCGCUUAUGUUUACACGCCGACGCACGCACCGUAUCCGGCACAUCGUCUCGACGAGAUUCUCGAUGACGACGACGUUGCUGCAAACGUCGACGCGAAGCAGACGGUGCUACUGCCUUCGCAACAGCCGUCCAGCUCUUCCAGCUCGGCACCGGCGCCGCAAAACUUCAUGGCUCCUUUCGUCGCCAGUAUGAGCGCCGAGACGCCGAGCAAGAAUGGCUGGAGCGUCGUCGAGCCACCCGCGGCAGCGGAGAGGAAGUCGGACAGCGACGGCGACGAGGCGAAAUCUGCCGACUCGGAGAACGACACGCAGACCGAGAGGAACGAGUUCGACCCCGAUAAUUUUAAGCCGCAGCUCUUCGGUGGUUUCAAGCCGCUCUACGAAUUUCCUACGGAGGAUGUGGAGCGUCACGACGUCGCUGAUGCGGAGUCCGAGAUAAACAUGCCCAGGCACGCCAAGGAAUUGCUGCCUGUACCUGAUAAAGGAUAAACUUGUAAAAUGUAAAAGACACCCGGACACUUUGCUUCUUUUCUCUUGAGUCUUGCUCUCGGACAUUUCGCUCUUACUUAUUACUACUCUUCUCGCGUAUAUGUAAACAAAAACGUAAUAUGUAGACGAAAGCGAAAACGAAACAUACGCGCGUAGCAAAGAGAAUGAAGAGCGAAUGUCUCUGCGCGCUGCUCGAUGAAAAGAUGCUUCGUAGUAUCGUAGUAGAGCCAACUCGAACGGUAGAAGACUGUACUCCAUUUUCACUCCGCUUAUAAUGUAUUAUUAAUAUGUAAGAACGUCGCGAUAUAAAAUAAUAUUUAAUUUAUUGCAAUUAAAUGACUAGCAUUUGUUAAUCUCUGUCUUGUAGCAGUGUUAACAUUAGUAGUCAAGUAUUGAAAUAUGUAGAAAAUAUUGAUGCACGUAUCGCUAAGGAUGAACGUAUCGAAAGUAUCAAAACGUUGAAUAAAAAUAUCAAUAAAUAUUAAUAUAAGUUUUUCACGAGCAA